AAACUGAUUUUUAUGAUUAGCAAAUAACGUAAUUAGGCUUUUGAAUGUUAAUGCUAAGUCAAAAUAGAUUGCAAAGAUCUCUAGUCUGCUCCACAUCCUCCACAGCCACCUCCUCCGCAGCCACCGCAUCCGCCUUCAAGACCUCCAUUCUCACCUCCACCACCUCCACUACAAUCUCCCUUAGCAUUUCCAUUCUCUGUUUUUUUGCCUCCUUUAUUCUUAGAUUCGCCUUUCUCUGUCUUUCUCUUUUUCUUAGUUACCUUCUGUUUCUUUGGAGGUUCCUUGGUCUUUACCAGCUCUGAAGCGUUCAGAGCAGUUGGCGGUGCGUUGUAACCUCCGCUGUUAUCUGCACUUGAAACUCAGCCCAUUGUUUCCUGAUAUAUUAAUUUAUUAACUCUCAUCAUUUGGG